CCGGCUUGAAGACCGACCGACCGCCCCCUCUUUGUCCAGUCUGCUCUAUUCAUUACUCUAUCUAGCUCAGUGACUGGCUGGCAAAGCUAGGUAUCUCCUCGUUCUGACCGUAUACAUGCAUCACCCGGCCUUGUUCUCCUCUUCUUUACCUUACCCCGCAACUGUGGUGUGGUUCCCCUCUUAAAUAAGCCGUAGAGGCGGGGGUGUUCGCUUUUCCGAAUCGCUUUCUACGAAGGCUCGGGUUUGUGACUUCGUUUAUAUUGCUAGGGAUUGUUGAAAUACUUGUACUCUUACGCACGCGCCGGAUUUGUAAGGUGAUCACCAUGAGAGCGGUCCGGUUCUACGCUGCGGGGGAUAUCCGGGUUGAUCAGAUUGAGGAGCCGAGUUGCGGGGAAGGGCAGGUUAAGAUACGGCCUGCGUUUGUGGGGAUUUGUGGAAGUGACUUGCACGAAUACACGUGCGGGCCGAUCCUGGUACCCUGGACGCCACAUGCGAUCACCGGGGGACAGCUGCCCACGACUCUGGGCCAUGAGUUCAGCGGCACAGUCGAGGAGGUGGGGUGCGGCGACGUCGCGGGCCUUCAGGUUGGAGACCGCGUCGCGGUUCGGCCUAACCUGUCGGAUGGCGAUUGUCCGCCCUGUUUGCGGGGGACCCCGAACUGUUGUCGCAAUCUGGGGUUUGUGGGCUAUAGUAGUAAUGCAGGGGGCUUGUCGGACCACGUCGUGGUCGACGCAGGACAUGCCAUUCCACUACCUGAUUCCAUUCCUCUGGAUGUCGGCGCUCUGGUCGAGCCCCUGUCUGUAGCGUGGCACGCGGCGGACCGCAGCCCUCUCGGGGAUGCUCGGACUGUUCUCGUCGUCGGGGGCGGCCCAAUUGGCCUUGCCGUGGUUCAAGUGCUCCAAGCCCGAGGAAUAGAGUCUAUCGUUGUUGUGGAAAUCUCGUCGCGACGACGCGAAUUUGCUAAAAGACUAGGCGCGACUCAUGUCAUUGAUCCCCGGACAGAAGAUGUCGUCUCCAUGGUAAGAGCGAUGACUGGAGACGCGGGCGCAGACGUGGCCUUUGAGUGCUCCGGCGUCCAGGCUGGAUUGAAUACAGCUCUGCGAGGCAUCCGGGUCCGAGGAACGGUCACGAUCGUGUCGCUCUGGGAGGCGAAGCCUGUGAUUGACGCCGGCGCGAUCGUGCUGGAUGAGAAGCAUGUAAUUGGGGCGGCUAUAUUUGCCGAUGGCAUCUUUGAAGCCGUCAUUGAAGCUAUACGCUCGGGUAUGCUGAGCAAGCUCAACCCUCAAGCUAUGAUCACCAGCAAGAUCCGAAUGGAGGACAUUGUCGAGGAGGGAUUCAAGGCCCUAAUCAACGAGAAGGAUAAACAUGUCAAGAUCUUGGUUGAUAUCUCGGCGUAA